CCUAAGGCUUGCUGCGCACUCGCACGCAGGGUUGACUACCAGGCGGGUGGCGAUGGGCGACCCGGCUGGUGGUGCUGUUCCUCCCGCCGGGUGGUUCCCAGCCCCCGAGCUGACCCCGACGCUGGGGCCUCUACGCGACCGAGCCUCGCGGCCGAACAACUGGAUGCUGUGGGCGAUGCCGCCGCCGCCGCCGCCCUCGUCGCUUCCCGCAGCAGGGUCCGAGCCUGCCUUAGAGGCACAGCCCCGCGAGGAAGCCCGCACUUUCCCCGGGGCACCUCCCCCCUUCGACGCCCACAUUCUCCCCGGGGCGCAGCCCCCCUUUGACGCCCAGUCCCCCUUCGAUUCUCAGCCUCAACCCAAUGGCCAGCCUUCCUGGAAUUUCCAGGCUUCAGCGUCACGGUACUGGACGCAGUCUCCUGGUGGUUUUCCUUGGCAUCAGCAGCCCCACAGCACUCCAGUUAAACAUUCUUAUUUUCCACGAAAGCAUGAUGCAAGGGUCAAUGACUUCAGCGUCUCUCCCAGAAGAAAACAGAAAAAAAAGAAAAGAAAGGAACCCGUUUUUCACUAUUUUUGUGAUACCUGUGAUCGUGGUUUUAAAAAUCAAGAAAAGUAUGAUAAACACAUGUCCGAACAUACAAAAUGCCCUGAGGUAGAUUGCUCUUUUAGUGCACAUGAGAAGAUUGUCCAGUUCCAUUGGAGGAAUAUGCAUGCUCCUGGUAUGAAGAAAAUCAAGUUAGACACUCCAGAGGAGAUUGCAAGAUGGAGGGAAGAAAGAAGAAAAAACUACCCAACUCUAGCUAAUAUUGAAAGGAAGAAGAAGUUAAAACUUGAAAAGGAAAAGAGAGGAGCGGUGUUGACGACGACACAGUAUGGCAAGAUGAAGGGGAUGACCAGACAUUCGCAGAUGGCAAAAAUCCAAAGUCCUGGCAGACAUCACAAGUGGAAAAAUGGCCAUGCUGAACAGGGAACAGCUGCUGGGUCAGGCAGCCGCUUGGGUGAUGUGAAGCCUGAAAGUCCACGUGAGGCAAAUUCAGACCCCCUGGGUGUUUUGGUAAACACUGACUCUGAGUCUGACAAAGAGGAGAAGCCGCAGAGUGCUGUCAUACCCAAGGAAGUGACCCCAGCGCUGUGCUCCCUGAUGAGCAGCUACGGCGGCCUCUCGGGGUCAGAGAGUGAGCCGGAAGAAGCUCCCAUCAAGACUGAAGCAGACAUUCUGGCAGAAGACCAGGUUCUUCAUAGCAAUACUCCUAAGAAACCAAGUCAAGAUGUUAGAGCAACUGUUAGAAACUCCUCAGAAGCCAAGUGUGAGAGCCAAAAGGGAAGUUUUAAAAACACAAAUCCUAAGAGGAGAAAAAAUAACCUCAACUAUCGAACAUUAUUUGAACCAAGAACACACCAUCCAUAUCUCCUGGAAAUGCUGUUAGCUCCGGACAUUCGACAUGAAAGAAAUGUGAUUUUGCAGUGUGUUCGGUACAUCAUCAAAAAAGACUUUUUUGGACUUAAUACUACUACUGUGAACACUAAAGAUGAAUAGGUAUCUGGUGUUUAGCACACAUGUCUGAAGCAUGUAAGAUGGUAACAACCUCAAGUUUGUGGGUGAAAAUUCUUCUUUUUUCAACUGGAUUAGUAAUUAAAUUGUAAGCCUCAUGGGCUAUCAUGUAGGAUUUUCAAGUCUUUGAUGCUAUAUAAAUAAAUACCUUAUUGAUUUUUAAGACUGUCUAUAUUGUUGGGAUCAUAUGUAAUAUUUGCUGGCAGAAUUCUACUUUGUAUUUAUUGCUGUUGUAUAAGGAAGUCUACUCUUGGGCCAGAUAAGAAUUGAAGAUGCUGGUUUAGUGGUAAGGAAAAAAACUUUAAAAUUUUUUUAAUUCAGCUGAGGAGUACUGUAGGUUGGGGAGAGAAAUACAGUCAUUUUGUUUUUAAUAAAUGAGAGGAAGAGUUGUUUUUUAACUCCUGCAAAAGGAGGGUAUUUUAAAAUAAACCAGAGCGAAUUAAUACGAUGAGAACAUCUUGAAAUUUAAAUUUCUGCUGUUUAUUUCAAAGGACAUGUCGACAUUCACCUAUUGGCAGCUCAGGUAUUGAUCCUUUGAAAUAUUACAGAUAUGGCUUCUGUUUAUGUUCCAGUUCAGUGGAAGUGCUUCUUUUUGGUAUGGUUCAGAACUGGACGUUUUAAAAUUUUUUUCCUGUGAAAAAGUAUGUAAAGUAUAGUACUUGAUGAGGUUCAGUUAAUUUUUUAUGGCAUAAACAGUAAUUUGUGAAAUAUUACAUGAGUUUUAGAGAAUUAAAAUUUGCUUAUAAAGGUAA